UUCUGUGUUCCAGGACUGAUCCAAUGAUGCGAAACCUUAGUACUCCAUAUUCAGCCAUGAAUCGACGUGGAAGCUCUUCCUCAGGCAUUGGGGCAUCAGGCCCACCUCCUCUGGCUAGCUCGCAGCAAGCCCGAUACAAGGGCCUGCUUUCAACCCCUGGUAUGGUCAAAUUUUCCGCUUGGAAACGGGAAACGGAUAUCCCAAGAUUGUAUUUCCACGACUUCCUAUUGGCCAAGAUCAAAGAAAAGGACCCGAACAAAGUCUGGUUGAAGGAUGUGAGCUUGGGAAGGACCGAAACCUAUGGUAGGGUGGCCGGAAGUGUCUCUAAAAUUGCCAGUGGACUAACGAAAUUGGGCUUUGGCAAACGGGAUGUGGUGUGCAUGUGCUGUUCCAAUUACGUUGAUUGUAGCCCUGUCUCGAUUUUUGCCAUGAGUAUCGUUGAGUGA